UGUAUCGAUCGUCUUGUAAGCCACAUUCAUGAUGUACUUACCUCCAAUCGCCUGUUGCCUACUUCUGGAUGCGCUUCUAGCAAUGUCAGAAUUCUGACAAACAACCUCAGUGACAGUGAUCAAGUCGAAGGGCUUACCAACUGUUUUUAUGUAUUACAUGGCGUUGCUCGGGCCGCUGGCCACUUGGCGACUGAAACAGCUGUUGGGUCACCAGCGACUUCAUCGACUACGUCGACGGUUUCAACGACAGUUACUGGGUUGCGUACAAGUGUUGCUGUAUCUACUGGUCGAGAUGGGCAUUUAUUUCAUGAAGAUGAUGGCUCUAGUCGUUCGUUACGACGUUAUGUUGGUGAGGAGGUUGUCAUCUGGCUCUGGGAACGUUUGUUAGCGCCUGCACUUGAAAUUAGCGCGGAACAGAUUGUCUUGGUAAUUCCUACAAUCUUUUAA